AUGGCCGACCCGGUGCUCCUCUCGUCUCUCCGCAUCCCAGCUGUGAGAUCAAGGCCGUCGUCGACAUGUCUCCAGUGGUCUGCCGAUGGCCAAGUCUUUUUCGUAUCAAACUCCGCUGUGUACAUCUUAACUCCUCAUCAUGCUGGUAUUCACCCUGGAUGUAACGUUCGAGGUGACAAGGAAACACCCUGCACCUUGCAGUGGUCUCGUACCAUUAUAAAUCUCGAGAAGAGAGAUCUCCGCGACUGGUCCACCGGCUCCCAAGAAUGGGCCGCUCUCUCCCUUGGAUCUUUCGAUUUUCACGUCAAGGAUGUUGCAUGUUCCCCCAGUUAUGUCACAGAAGACGGAGGGUGUGUGGCCGCUGUGCUUAGCUCCAACAUGGAUCUGUCUUUAUGGUCAGCAUCAAAGAAUUCUAUCCAAGGAGAAUGGAUCAAGGCCAGCGUCUUUGACGCUACGCCAUUUCUGGUGGAUCUGGUUUCCAACGGCGCAUCUCCUCCGGUUUUGUCUCAGCUCCUUCAGGCACAAAUAACAAGUAUUGCUUGGUCAAGACAAGCGGAUUUCGCCAUAAGGCCAGCGCCUUGCACAGAUGCUUCUCUCCUUGCUGCCGGAUCACGCGCUGGCACAGUGUGUUUUUUGAGAUUUGAUGGAAGAGUUGCAUCCUUGCACCAUAUUAGGACCGUCAGAGUGUCCAAAAAAUGGGUGACUCAUCUCGCUUUCAGCUCGUGGAUGCAUGAAGGUGAUUUCCAAUGUAGCGGCCUACUCGCGUAUAGCACAUCUGAUGGUUCCGUCGGACUUGCCAAAAUACACUUGAUGGCGCAGAAUGCUACGAAAGAUUUCGGGACCUUCAAUCCCGAAUAUAUUGUGGACACUGCUUUCGAAGUCACCGAAGGAAUAUUCUCGGCAGAUCAAGGCGGUACGACUGCGCUGGAAUGGAUUACAUCCCAAGAGAGAAUGAUACUUGUCAGGUGUAGACCUGGGGCAAUUGACUUAUGGCGUAAUCAGUCAGUGUGUUCGUGGUCGGGCAUACGAACCUUGACGAUAUGCCCGCAUGUCUUGUCUGUUGGUUCCUCGGAGCUUCAUCCUGUCACGGGCAUCGUGUACGUCCUGCAAGAAGACAUUCUCCUGGUCAGUCUCUUCGAUGGAACGAUGCGAGUAAUACACAAGGUUUUUGUCGACCCGCAGUGGAGUUCCGAAUCGCCAUCGUCUCUCAACAGCCAAUGCUUGUCCGAAGCUGUUCGCCGUAUAUUCGUUGGAACAAUGCAGGGAAUCGAGCAAGAGGAAGUAACAAACAAUGACGUAAACCGGAUUAGCGGCUUGAUUUCUUUCGACGGCUGCGCGACCUUGCUUUGGACUCAACAAUCCUUCCGUCCUGCGGAUUUGAGUUGGAAGAUAGAAGCUCGGCGCGACGCUGUCUUGAUUGCCGCUCAUCUUUCCAGACAUGUGAACUGGACUGGAGAUAACUUUUUCCACGAACUUAAAGAAAUACUCACCAGUUCACAAAGCGCUUACGGCGUAACGCCGUCACAUCUCCUUCGACCUGUGUUUCUAUGGCUGAGUGAACUCCCUGACCUACACGUUGACAUCCUCAAAUUCUUGCGGUCCCUGCCUGUUUCAUGUCCAUCUCAGUGCCACUUUCCUCCUUGGUCCGAAGGAUUAGGUGAGAAACUGAGAGGCAAGUUCCGAAAGAGCCUUGUGAGAAGCCUUUUUGGAUGUGAUAAGCUGUUAUCGCUUAGGUUGCGCCUCUACGUCACGGAAGCAUUGUCGAGAUGUAUCAGGACCCCUUCCGGAAGGACGGAAUGUAUCCAAGUUGCAGAAUUUAUUUGUAAAAUGAUCUCUCACAUGACGACGCGGUGUUUGCUUCGACAUCUGCGCACCGUGGUGCCCGUUUUGAUUGCCAAUGAUAUGCCUUUUGUACGAAGAGCAAUCUACUUAUCCUCAUUGGCCGAUUCUCCUCCUGCCGUCCAAAGCGCUGCGCGCGACCUGAUGGAUGCGAUUAGUGCUCUGCAACCACCUAUUGUUAGUCAUGCACGUUUGUGUGGAGAGGUCGCGAUGACGGAACCAUGUCCUGCUUGUGGUGAAGAACUCGACACGACAGCAACAGCACGUCCAGCUUGUCCGAACGGCCAUCUAUGGGACUGCUGCGCUGUUACAUCUUUCAUUAUGGCAACACCCAUGGUUCGAUCUUGUACCGGCUGCAAACGCAAGAGCUUCCUCCCUCUUUCUCGCCAAAGUGAACCAGCCAUGCCAAACUGGCUACCGCCGAUGGCGCAAAGUUGGGUGGUUGAAGAACUUCUCGAGGCCAGCAGUCGAUGUUUGUAUUGUGGUAAUAAUUUUGUCUCUAUAGUUUGA